UAUUGUUGACCGCGGAGCAGCCUGUGUGUUUUAUACAGUCGGAGAGACCGUGGAACAAGGAAGACACCGGGCCACACGGUCGUCACCUACCUGUUGAAUAUUACCUACUGUUUAAUGAUAGAGUCAGGUGUUGGGUUGACAACUUACUCACUGUCGGAGAACAAAGUCGAACCUGGGGAUAAAGGAUAGUCAGUCGAGUUUAGUCGAGGUAAAGGCGGAAGGAAGGAGGAUUUGUGGAAGAGGUAGCCACUCCAAUGUUUUAACCGGACAGACAGACAGACAGACCACCGGAUUUAUCAACAGACCAGAAACAGAUUUAUUGACGCCGCCACACGAUGCCUUUAGGACUGAGACGAAAGAAGAACAAGUCGAGGGAGAGCUCGAACCUGGUGGAGAAUGAGGAGGUCGGUGGACACACCGGUGGGCGCUCCGUGAAGUCGACCGUAAACGGAGCGGGGCUCCCACCGCCACCUGCCAACCUGCGGCCCAAACUAGUGUUCCACACUCAGCUCGCCCACGGCAGCCCCACGGGAAGGAUCGAGGGAUUUAGUAACGUCAAAGAACUCUACGGGAAAAUAGCUGAGACGUUCAAUUUAAGUCAACCGGAGAUCCUGUUCUGUACAUUGAACACCCAUAAGAUCGACAUGGAGAAGCUGCUUGGUGGUCAGAUCGGCCUGGAGGACUUUAUAUUCGCCCACAUUAAAGGGAUUAAGAAGGAGGUGGAGGUGUUUAAGUCAGAGGACGCCCUGGGCCUCACCAUCACAGACAACGGGGUGGGAUACGCCUUCACCAAGCGUAUCAAGGAGGGCAGUGUGGUGGACAAGGUGAAGGUGAUCUCUGUAGGAGACCACAUAGAAUGCAUCAACGGGAAGAACAUUGUGGGAUCACGUCACUACGAGGUGGCUCGCAUGCUGAAGGAGCUGCCGAAAGACCAGAUGUUCACCCUCAAACUGGUGGAGCCCAUGAAGGCCUUCGAGAUGCUGGAGCCGCGGUCGAAGGGAGCCAAGGAGGCCAGUGACAAUAAGAUGGGGACAGGGAGAGGGACUCUGAGACUUCGCUCCAGGGGCCCUGCUACCGUAGAGGAAGUGCCGACAGAGUUUGAGGAGAGAGCAGUGAAGAAGGUGGAUGACCUACUGGAGACUUACAUGGGUAUCAGAGAUACAGAACUGGCGGCGACCAUGGUGGAGGUGGGUCGGGACAAGAAGAACCCUGAUGAGUUUGCCAUGGCUCUGGACGAGGCUCUCGGGGACUUCGCUUUUCCUGAUGAGUUUGUGUUCGACGUCUGGGGCGCUAUCGGAGACGCCAAACAGGGACACGUUUUAACUUCCCCCUGAUUCCCUUGCCUGGUCCCAGAUCUGUUUACAGCUGGCAAGACCUCACAAACAGAUCUGCGACUAGGGCUUUAGCCUGGUCCCAGAUCUGUUUACAGCUGGCAAGACCUCACAAACAGAUCUGCGACCAGGCUACCAAUCCCCCUGAGUACCACAGCUCCACAUCUUCAACCAGCCAACUGGACAAAUACCAGCCAGUAGAGAAAGAGGCUACGGGUGCCUCUGUUUUGUAGGGUUACCAGUGUUGCACCCUAAAAGACAGAAUCACUUCAGUCAUGUCCCACUCAACCUAGUUUUCUGCUUGUGUCCCAAAUGGCCCCCUCAUAUUCCCUUUAUAGUGCACUACUCAUAGGGCCCUGGCCAAACGUAGUGCACUAUAUAGGAAAUAGUGUGCUAUUUGGGAUAUACAUUCUAUGUCCUUUUUCCACAGGUUACAAAAGGGUUCUGAUGUCUGAAUCACCACUACAGCACUUGUCUUUACUGACUGUGGUGAACCGACACUGAGGAUCACAUACAGUAGACUACUGUAUAUCAGGGCUUUAAUGACUGUGGUGAACUGACACUGAGGAUCACAUACAGUAGACUACUGUAUAUCAGGGCUUUAAUGACUGUGGUGAACCGACACUGAGGAUCACAUACAGUAGACUACUGUAUAUCAGGGCUUUAAUGACUGUGGUGAACCGACACUGAGGAUCACAUACAGUAGACUACUGUAUAUCAGGGCUUUAAUGACUGUGGUGAACCGACACUGAGGAUCACAUACAGUAGACUACUGUAUAUCAGGGCUUUAUUGACUGUGGUGAACCGACACUGAGGAUCACAUACAGUAGACUACUGUAUAUCAGGGCUUUAAUGACUGUGGUGAACCGACACUGAGGAUCACAUACAGUAGACUACUGUAUAUCAGGGCUUUAAUGACUGUGGUGAACCGACACUGAGGAUCACAUACAGUAGACUACUGUAUAUCAGGGCUUUAUUGACUGUGGUGAACCGACAUGGUGUUCACAUACAGUAGACUACUGUAUAUCAGGGCUUUAAUGACUGUGGUGAACCGACACUGAGGAUCACAUACAGUAGACUACUGUAUAUCAGGGCUUUAAUGACUGUGGUGAACCGACACUGAGGAUCACAUACAGUAGACUACUGUAUAUCAGGGCUUUAAUGACUGUGGUGAACUGACACUGAGGAUCACAUACAGUAGACUACUGUAUAUCAGGGCUUUUUAGAAUAGUUCUUAAAAUGUUGCUGUGGAGUCUGAACAGCAGCGAUGUAAUUAUAGUGAUGUAUUAUAUAGCGAUACUUCUGUUAAAGACCCCCCCACCCUCCUCUACUCCAUCGAUAUAUCAUGUCUUAAAAACAAGCCUGGCCUUUGGACCAUAAGACUAUACCUGUGACUGAUAUAAUGACUGAUAUAGUGACUGAUAUAGAGACUGAUAUAGAGACUGAUAUAGUGACUGAUAUAAUGACUGAUAUAGAGACUGAUAUAGAGACU